CCGCUCCGGCCCCGCUCGGCGCGGCCUCAUGAGGGGGCCGGGCCGGCCAUGGGCGCCCUGGGCAGCCGCGUCCUGCGGCGGAGGGGGCCCGUCCCGCGGGGCGAGGCGGCGGCGGCGGGCAGGGCCGGCAGGAACGGCAAGAGGAAGCGCGGCGGGGCCGCCGAGGGGCCCGGGGACAGCGACAGCGACGGCGACACCGAGCGGGACGAGCGGCUGCUGCACCCGCGGGGCCGCAGGAAAAAAUUGAAAAGCACAUCGAAGUACAUUUAUCAGACUCUGUUUCUGAAUGGGGAGAACAGUGAUGUCAAAAUCUGUGCGCUGGGAGAGGAGUGGAACUUGCACAAGAUUUACUUGUGUCAGGUAAGUGGCUCCUUUCUAAAUCCCAGUAGGAACUGUGCUUUUAGUAAAAUAACGUCUGGGAACUGA